ACAUGGUCCUGCCGCAGCGGAGCUCAGACCUCCAGGACUCCUUAUUCUUCUCCCACUCAGCUCGGUUACAUUCUUCUUUUACAGAACAGGAAGACAGAACAUUUUAACCUCUUUAUUUAUUUUUCCCUGGCAUCCCUCCUCCCGCAGCCCAGUGUCGGUCAGACUUGGGCCGGUAACGCAGCGCCAUGGCUCGGGAGAACGGAGACACCGGCAGAGGGGAGACGUGGAAGAAACAAGUCGACGACAUUAAAAAGAUUUUUGAUUUCAAAGAAGUCCUCGGCACAGGAGCGUUUUCAGAGGUGGUCCUGGCCCAGGAGAAGCUGACCGGCCGCAUGUUUGCGGUGAAGUGUAUCCCUAAAAAGGCCCUGAAGGGGAAAGAGAGCAGCAUCGAGAACGAGAUCGCCGUGCUGAGGAAGAUCAAGCAUGAAAACAUUGUGGCGCUUGAGGACAUCUAUGAGAGUCCCGACCACCUCUACUUGAUAAUGCAGCUGGUGUCAGGAGGAGAGCUGUUUGAUCGCAUUGUCGAAAAAGGUUUCUACACGGAGAAGGAUGCGAGCACGCUGAUCAGACAAGUCCUGGACGCUGUGAACUACCUGCACAGGAUGGGCAUCGUACACAGAGACCUGAAGCCAGAGAACUUGCUGUAUUUCAACCCACAAGACGGGUCAAAGAUCAUGAUAAGCGACUUUGGUCUUUCCAAGAUGGAGGGCAGCGGUGACGUCAUGUCUACUGCCUGUGGUACACCAGGAUACGUGGCUCCAGAGGUUCUCGCCCAGAAGCCGUACAGUAAGGCAGUGGACUGCUGGUCCAUCGGAGUCAUCGCCUACAUCCUGCUGUGUGGUUACCCUCCGUUUUACGAUGAGAACGACUCCAAACUCUUCGAACAGAUCCUUAAAGCCGACUACGAGUUUGACGCGCCAUACUGGGACGACAUAUCUGACUCAGCCAAAGAUUUCAUCAGCAGUCUGAUGGAAAAAGAUCCAGUCAAGCGUUUCACCUGUGAACAGGCACUCAGACACCCAUGGAUUGCCGGAGAUACAGCACUCUGCAAAAACAUUCAUGAGUCAGUGAGCCGACAGAUCAGAAAGAACUUCGCCAAGAGCAAAUGGAGGCAAGCAUUCAAUGCCACCGCUGUGGUUCGGCACAUGAGGCGGCUGCAGCUUGGCAGCAGCAUGGGGAGCAGCAUGGACCAGUCCAACCCCCCGACUAGGCAGAGCCAGACGCAGAAACCUGCCCAGAGCCAGAGCCAGGCAGGCCAGAACCAGCCUGCUCAGACCCAAAUUAGUGGCCAGGCGGCACAAAGCCCGAGCACCACCACGGCCGCCAACAAAACCUCCUCCAUUGACAACAACAUCGCAGCUCCUCGCAAGGAAUGUGUCACUGCACCAGCUACGCCCUGCAGUCUGGCGUCUGCAGCUUCAUCUCCGGCCGCGGGCGCCGAGCUGAACCGGCCCCAUCCCUCAGCAGUUCCCGCUCCCGUGCUCACUGAGACCAAGUGACGCCAGGUCCCGCGGGGAACCAGCUGGGAGGCCACAGCGCUGUGAGGCAGAGAGAGGGAACAAGUCUGAGGACGACAGGAGAAGAGGAAGACCUCCUCCUCCUCCUCCUCCUCCUCCUUCUUCUUCUUCUCACCUCUCUCUCCUCACUGCAUUUCUAUUGGAUGUGCCGCCCAACCAGUUCCCCGCCCUGCUCCAGGGAGAGCAGAGGACUUUACCGCCACCCAAACGUUUUAAGCCACACAGCACCCUGCUGUACACUCUCCACCCACUACGAGGGCGCCGUUUUGGAAUCCACUGCAGCAACACGGCUACAGACUCACUGAUGGAUGGCCGGCUGUGAUUGGUUGCUGUCGACUCCUGGCAGUUUGAGAGUAAACGGUGGACCACAUCGGGGUUUGGUGGUGAAAUAUUAUUCAAUGUCAGUCACAUCAACUUCCCUCUUGAAUCUGCUCUGUCCUGCUCUGUUUUAUUCAGCUUUUUCCUAAUUAGGUUUGACUUUUGGCAACCUGAUUGUUACCUUUAUAUUAAUGUUAAUUUUAAAAGUGAUGUGCGUUACUUAAAAAGAGUUAUCAUUGUCACAUUAGUAGUGCCAUUUAGUUAAUCUACUAUCAGUGGCUGCUGGUGUAUUAUUUACAAGGAGGUUCUCACAGAAGGACCAGGAUGUGCAUCUUUAUUAGCUUAAUGCUAAUACAUAAUGAAGAACUCCGUUAAUGGGCUAACAGAAAUAGCAUAAGCUGGUGAACCUUAACAAACAAUCUAGUCAGCCUACCAAUGUUAAAUAAAGUAGAUUGUUCUUGAAGUUAAGAAACACCAAGGACAUUUUUUUGCAUCUCUUUCUACCACUACACUUGUGUUAUAAGUCUAAAGUUGGGGCUAAAGUUUAGCCCACAUAAACAGCAAAUUAAAGGGGCAUGCCAUGACACCUGUGACUCAUUUACACUAAAGUGAAAGAAAGAGGAUGCUUUAGUUCUUUAGCUGUAAAAAAAGAAGCCCAUUUACAGAGAUAAAUGUUGUUAUUGUAACAAUUAGCCUCGGUUUCUUCUCCAAAUUCUGCCAAAAUGUAAAACAAUCUGCUGUAAGUUAAGUGAAGAAUGAGUUUCUCAUCUUUAUUGUAUAAGAAAUAAAGGGCUUAGCCCUGCAGGCCCAUUUAUAAGUUGUUUGCACAUGACGUCACAGUGAAGAACUCCACAUGGAAGCAGGAGAAAGUGCUAUCAAACUGCCAAAGUUUUGUUCUGUUUACGGCUGUGUCAACUGUUCAAAAAGUCCUGAAAGUGGUGACACAUUCAGGCAAAAGAAGUCUAAAAAGCUCACAGAGAAACUGCGGCAGAAAUAGACUGAAAGCCUCCAUCCAAAGUCUAGAGGAGCGCUGUCAGCGCUGUUAGUAUAUGUAGUCACUCUUUUGGCUCCAAAAAGGCUCCUCAUAUGGUACCAAUUUAGCUUUUAAAAAAGUAUGUCACAACAGAAAUGUAAGAAUGGAAACUCACUCUCAAACAGGAGUCAGCUUCUGUGGCUCACUUAAAAUAGCUGUUUUAUAGAGCCAGCUCAUCCCUCAGUCUUUUACCCCACAAGGUUCCCAUCAGUUGCGUGUUUAUGGUGUAAAAAAGGCUCUGCUAGCCUCUUAGCUCAGUACAAGACUGGUCUGCACAAUUAAGGCAGGGCAUACUCUGUGUGAUUUCAAGCCAACUCUAUAAUAGUCGUGGUGGAAAGUCAGCUCACACCGUGCGCCUGAAUCACUUACAACGCACAACCAUUACACAUGAUUUACGUGCUCACACUGUAUGGUCCGAUGGUCGUGGACAACCUGAGUGCUCACACAGUACAAGUGAAGUGGGGAUGUGUUGCUAUCUCUCUCUCUGUCCCACACACACAAACAGCAUCACCAUCCGUGUCAGCUGCAAGUCCGCAGGUAGGAAUAUUUCCUGCUCAUUUAUCCUCCUGUACCCUACAUGGCAAACGAUCCAUAAUCUAAGUGAAAGUUGGUGCGACCUCAAAGUGAGUCGUGCAGCAAAGAAUCCGUGGCUGAAUCUGGAUGAAAUUCGCACAGUGUACACCCGGCUUAAGUCAGUUUGUUUGUGGUAUCAACCACCUCUAUGCUUCAACAUAUUAAGGUCACUUUUACACCUGAUACUCUGGAGGGCUUGAUUUGGUUCAUUUUCAACUUGCACUUGAACCAGACUGCCUGGACAACAUCAAGUAGUAAUAUGUUUAUGGUGCUGUCGUCCCAAACAGACAGUGGUGUACAAGAAGACGAAACCAGAAAUUCAUCCCCUUCCAGCUUUUUUAAUGACAUAAUCAAAGAAAAAGCACCAAAUUUCUUUCUUCUGUAAUUUCUUAAAAUUUCUGCUUUUGCUUUGGUGUCAUUACGAGCAGUCAGCGAGCUGUCCAGCAUUUCCUUCUUUACAUGAGACGAAUGAAUCAGUACCGAAGAAGAAGGCAAGCCCAAAUGAGAGUGAGAGACUGUGGCUUUUUGCAAUAGUUUUGCAUAUGCUGAGCGAGGUACUGAUUUUUCUUUGAGUGUAUUAAAUCACAUAAAUAUAUCCAUAAAUCCUUAUGCUCCUUAUGCUAUGCACCAGGGUCCGUUUGAAAGUGAGCUAAGAUCCUAUUUUUAAGCAAACCAGAGUUCACUUGAUUGGUCUGCACCAGACUUCCCUUGAGCUGUCACACUGCUCUAAAGGAACCAGACUAUCCAGGGUUCAUUUAAAGUGGACUAAACAUCUCUGUGAAAGUGACCUAACUUUCCUCCAUUCUCACUGAUUCCUAACUGCUGUUCUUCACUUCCUGCCCCCCAUCGGACAUUAAAUAGAAUCAUGUGACUGCAAACAACCUAUACAAACUGUCUCUGUUUACACAGACUAUCAGUUAUGCAAGCAUUCAAUCAAAACCCUGUUUACCACAACCCCUUUAUAUCUUUUCACCACAGUCACUGUAUUUAUGGCCCCUUAUUGUCCUGUAGGAAUGGUUCCAUCUUCCUUUUAUGUGCCAUAAACUAAUCCAGCAGAUUCCCUCCAAAAACAAUUAUAUUCAGAGUACAGUCUUCUUUGUCAAGACCUGAUUUUUGACUUUACAGAUAUAUCACUAAUGUGACAAUGAUUUAUUCAGUAAAAUGCUACAUAUAGCACCUUUAAGACAUUUUGUAUGUCCUUUAGGGCUGUUUUUGUUUCUUUAUUUGUGCUUUAAUAAGUGCUUUAAAAGUACCAUACGACUGUUCAGAUAUGAAAACAUGAGUAAGCGCUUUAUGUAUUUUGCACAGAAAAGGUCAGAUAAGUUCUCAGACACAGAUCAGACACCAUCCACUUCUUUAGAUCAGCAGGUCAAGAUUGUAACUUUUAAAAAAAAGGAGAAAUAACCAAGAGUGGAUGUUAGAGCAUUGUCUGAAAUUUGCUGAUUUGUUUAUUGUUUUCUUACUUUAUAAGACUUUUAUAACAAUCACCCUUUAAGGGCCACACAUACAGGUUACUAUGAAACAUGCAGCAGGUAAAGAAAGGUUAGGUAGAGGAAUGUUCUGGAAAACUGCCUCCAGUUGAGAAUGUCUGCGACUACAUGAAAACUAGCCAUUUAAUCUCCAAAAACAAAGGAGCCCUGAGCAGCUGAGUCUAAGUUUCAAGGUUACAAACCAUCUCUGAGAUAUUUAACUGCCUCCCUCAUGGGUCCUCAGAGGGUUUUGCGUUUAGGGAGAUAAAAUCUAACAUAAUGAAGUGGCUGCUUGUUCCUUCUUCCCUCUUAAAAAGCCAUGAUACCCACCUUUUUUUUUCAAGCUGCACCCAGUUCGGAAGUGCUCAGGGAAAACUGCAGCUGCACUGUGAGCGGGCGAUAGAGAUGUAACUGGUUUAGGUUUUUGUGUCAGUACUUUAGGUUCAGUCGUUGUGGUAUCACAGUUAAUGAUCCAGGGCUUCAGAUGUUAGCUGUGUACUCAGUUCAGUGUUGUUUGACUACUUACCUGUGACGUUUAAGGACUCAGACUUUGACACUCCUCCAAGGACUCCAAAGUGCUCUGGUCAUUUUGCAAAAUGUGCAAAAGUAUAUUUUAGGGCUUUUUUGCUUUUAUUAGAUAGGACAGCUGAAUAGAGACAGGAGAUAUGCUCAGAGAGAGUGGGGGAAGACAUGCACCAGGAUUGGGAUUCAAUCCUGCGACCAGUGCCUCAAGGACUAUGUCCUCCCCACCAUUUCCACCAACUAAACUAAACUGCUGCCCCUAUUCUUGUAUGUUUAAGAAAUUCUUAACCCAGGCACAUGGCACAGCACUUUCUCUGUUAAAAUUAAGUAUGACACAUUAAAAACAUAGACAGGCUUGUUCUUGCCAUAUCUGGUGAUCCUCGGCAGUUCCCUCCUGACAUAAUGUUAAGUUUUCUGGGGGUUUUUUGUAGUAUAUUAGUAGUCAAAGCUGUGUUGACCAAUCGUAUCAGCAGGCUUUGGUGUAAACAAGAAAAGCCACAAUUUAAAUGUAGUCAACUGUUAGCUUCAUCCAUUGUGGUAGCAGUUUCAGUCUAGUGUCUCUCCUUGUCAGUUAACACUCAUGUUGUCGCCACAGAUCAACAAAUCGGUCCUCCAUUUCUGGCAUCCAUCUUUGAUCCCCAAUCCUUGAUCUAACUCUAUGCUACGUGUGUACUAUCAUUGCUUUGGCUGUGUUUGUUGUGCUUCCUCCCUUGGUCAGUCCGCUUCCUGUGCUUGUUCGGCUUUCCUCGAUUUCAACUCAUAAACGUGUGAUAUUUACAGUUUUAAGUUAGAGCGGUUCUAAUCCUCUUCAGAGCAGCUGCAAGUAGGAAAGAUCACUUUAACACGCUACACACCACAUGAAAAUCUGGCAAAAUACUCUUUAGAACCACUGGAUAACUGGGGAAUCUGACUCACAAUCGGCACAAUGAUUGGAUAGUGGGUACUACUUAAAGUAUAUGUGUGUAUUCUUGGGGUUUUUCCUUUAUUCUUAGAAAUUAGACAGAAAAAACACCUGUGUGAAAUGGAAUGACUUAAGUCCAAGGUUGAAGUCCUUUGUAUUCCUAGGUUUCACUCUAUACUGACAGACUGAUGUUGUUUCCUGACUCUGACAUGACUACAGUAGUUUAGAUUGUGUCACCUGCUGUAAAGGCCUUUUAGACUUCACUCAGAGAGCAGUACUAUACCAUGUCGGAUGCUCACUCUCACAUAUCAGAUUGUCACGUCUUUGUCAGAUGCAACACUACUGAUCCCUUUACCGGAAUUCUGGCCAAAGACUAGUGCUGGGUACGAAAACAAAUUGGUCCAUUUUAUUUGAUGAGUUCAAACAAAUGAGUCAUAAAUGAAGCUACAAACUAUCAAAUUUAAGGGCUGAACUCCAGCUGUAAUGUCUUGCCAUUUACUUUUUUUAUUAAGACAGAAUGGGGCUGAGAAGUAUCUAUAAAUUAUUCAGAGUGCUUGUUUUAAUGUGUUUGGAAUGUCAGAAAGGUGUGAUAGACCAGCUGGAAGACUGUAAAUGACUGUAAAUCAAAUUUCACAUAAGCUCUUUGGAAUUCACUUCUGGCUUGCUGUGCUGUUGUAUGUGUCAAACUCCCAACCCUUUGGCACUGACUUAAAAUGAUACGUAAUGUAAAUGUCUACAUGCAGGAUCUACAUUAUUUACUACAAGCAUCGUAUCUCUUUAAUCAGCUCUUAAAGGACCAUUUCAGCGAGCUUGGUUUUCUGCUAUUUCCCUCUAAUAAACAUGUCCACACUCAUUAGUACUAAACCUACCAUCCCUAUAAUUAAUAUUAAAUUCAUGCAGAAUCUGAGAGAUAAAUCUUAUCAAAUAGGCCACAGAUAUAGAGUUAGAAUUUUGAGUAAUUCCUUGAGAGUUGAACUAUGUAACUUUUAAUGAAUAUUGGCUACACCGAUACACAAGUACACCCUUUUGCAAAUAUUUUGUGAUCAAGUAGCAUGGAAAUUGAUUUCAAGCAUUCUUUAAUCAUAUGUUAAGGCAACUUAAGUCUACAUUCAGCAUAAGGAACUGGCAAAGUUCUUUUGAUUAUUUAAAAAAGAAAAAAAACAGUGCUUGACACUGUCAUUUUUCUCCCAGCUCUCACGUUUUCAAAAACACAAAUGAACUUGUACUUCUUUUACUGAUGCUAUCAUGUCAAAAUGAGGAGUAUUCAGGCGUAAAGCUAGGUCGUUCCUCUCUUGAGGAGGAAGGCAUUGACUGCACCAUCGACCCCCUAAAAUCUGGUCUAAAGUCUACAAAUUAGAUAGGCUUGCUUGUACUGUAACCUGGCAUGCCAGAUCAACUAUUUCAUUGCAUGGAUAAAUUUCACAAUCAUUUGGGAAACCUGGGAAAGCAUUUGGGAAGGGCAGGACUUUUCAAAAAAAUCUUAGAAGGUGAUUGGACAAAUGUGUGUAGAGGGCAUUUGCAGCUUCUGUACUAACCUGAGCUAAACAGGUUAGUGCUGCCAUAGUGUUUGAACAACAAAGCUUGUUGGUGGGUAAAAUUCAUGUUGAAGCCUGUUGAGAGGCAUGCAAAUACAUCUUCUCUGCUUGAAGAAGCUUUCAGUUUGGCUCUUUGCUCUCCUUUUAAUAAAGAAAUGUGUUUGAGGUCUGAUUAAACUGACACUUUUCUACAUCUAAGCCAAUCGCUAUGGUUGUAGCCAUUGUAUACACCAGCUAACAGUACAACUCCACCCUUUCUGUAACUAUUGCAAACUCAUGCUGAAGCAGCCCAGAAGAGAGAAAGCAUCUUUUCUAUCAUGAACGCUUCCAGUGUGGCUCUUUGCUCUUGUUUUAAUAAAGAAAUGUGGUCCAGUUCAGAAAAAACUGCCACUAUACUAGAGCCACAUCCAAGCUAACCACUAUACUGUCUGGCAGCAGCAAUCGUUGUCAACUCAGUACAACUGAUCCCCACCCAUGACUACCUCCUCUUUCUCCUCAAAUGACGGUGAUUAGUCAGAACUGUUUUUGGUUCGAGGUUUGCAAGAUGGAUUUGCCUGAUGAAAGACAGGAGUCUGGGCAGUCCAUCUGCUUUGCAAGGUUACUUACACUGUGCUUGUUCCACACAUGCUUGUUGCGCGAGUUAAAGAGCCGGCAGGAGUUCUGUCCAUUUGAAAAUGAAGACUAAAAUCCACAGUGUAAAUACCCACACACCUACCAGCAGGCGCACACUGCUCUUAAAGUUGUAAUUUGACAUUCCUAAACACACCUAUGUAAAAUCCAGGCACAUAAUCCAACAUCACUAAAACUAAUUAGUUUCAGCUCUCAUUCCCUUUAAGAGCAGUGUGUGCCUGCUAGCUGGUGCUUUGGUAUUUACACUUUGGAUUUUAGUCAUAAGUCUUAGAUUGACUGAGCAUUACCUCAGUAGAGUUUAGCUUACCUUCCCGACUUUGGACCAGGUCUUAGGUGGUGCAGUCAUUUUCUGCAUCCUUAGAAUCAUGUUAUGUAGCUUCACUAGGAGACGUAGCACCCUGAGCAGAUCUGACACCCAAGCAGAUGUGGUACCUGCACUGGGGUUGUACCCAAUCUAGAUCUCACUAUGUAGACGGACACACCUUUUCAUUUCUUUUUUUAUCUUUAUGUACAUGCUCCAGACAUACCAAUGGAAAAGCUCUAAUGCACCCUAGAAGCAUUUGAAAUUAGCAUCAAUGGUACUGACACUGAUAUGGUUAAUGAGUUAAGAUCUGACUGAAACAUUUGUUACUGUAUGCGUGUUGCCCUGAUGACUGAUCCAGUUAUAACAGAGUUUAAGUUUGGUAGAGUUAGGAAACAAAGGCAAAAAUAGCCUCCUGUAUUUUAAAAUGUUGAGUACGUAUUCAUCAAGAAAAACACCCACAAUUAUAAGUGUGGUGAAUUCAUAUAUUUAUUCAUGAAGGGGGAUUUUAACCAUAUAAGGGCUUUAUUCCUAUGAUCACCUUAAUCUAAUUAUUCACCAUGUUUUCAUAACCAUUGAUUGCUAUGCAUUUUUUAAACAUGUUAAAGUGUGUUGUCAGUGUUUUUUCUCAGAAAAAAAUUAGCACCAGUAGUUAGAAAAAUUAGAGGAGUAAAUUAGUGCAAGUUGCUGUAUUUUGGACUAUUUCACCAUUACUUUAGUAUUAAUUAAAGAGCCACAUAGUUAAAGCAGAGUACCAGGUUUAUCUCCAGCUCUAAUGAUGUUAACGUCUCGUCAGCCAACACUGUAAAGUUUGUUUUUGUUAAAUGUGACGUCGUCUGUGUUAGUCUGGACGUUUGGGUUUCUGAAUGUAAUUGUGAGGCAGGCAGAGGGUUCAGGUUCAUGCUGCUCUGUGGUUCUAUGUAUAAAUAUGUCUGCUGUAUAAAAAAAAUAUGUUUUUUUUUCUGAAUGAAUACUUCUUCACCGUUAAAGAUGCUACUGUAAAUACAUUGUGAAUAUGAAUGAUCAUUUUCAAGGAAAUAUUUACUAAUGUUUUGCUGUUCAGGCAUGUGAGAGCGGAUGAGUGAGUGUGUGUGUGAGGGAAGUUGAUUGUAUUCUUUAUGGAAUGUUUAAUGUACAAAAAAAAAAGCUGAAUUCCCCUUUAUUCCCCUCUGCGGUUUGCUUUCAUGUACUGUCCAGCACUGUGUGGCUGCCACCUGCAGAGCUGCACAGCUCAGUUUGAUGCCAUCAGUGUUUCACAACCACUUUAAUGUACCGGACUAUACAUGUUAAUGUGUGUCAGUCCAGCUUAAAGUGAAAGCAACGUUUACUGAACUCAGGCUUCUGUUUUUGCCAUUCUGAAGGAAGAAAUCCAAAGCUGUGAUCGACUAAGAAACACACUGUUCAGGACGAGGGGUCGCUCUCGUCUGCUCUCUGAGCUCAGACUCCUCGGACCUUUUCUGUUUUUUUUUUUAAUGAUGAUGGCGCUGAACUGUGUCGUCACAAAAGAUGGAAACACUAGCAUGUUCAACAAAAGUGCUUCAAAAUUCAACAUCACCAAUGAGUGUUUAUCUUAUAUGCCCUUGUAUGAUGUUAGUAUCUUUGUAUUAUGUAAAGACGAACACAGGAUGAGACACCCAAGUCCACAGCAUGCUUAGUGGAAAGUUUUGGUUUUACAAACAGUUAUAAGGUCAUUUUAGUUGUUUUUUCACAGCUGGUUUUUGCAAAAAUGAUGCAUUUGUUUUGCAGUUCUGGCUGUUGCCUCUUAGCAAGAAAAGAAAAGAUCACUGGCUAGUGUAACUGCUAAGGGCUUUGGUAUUUAAAGUCAAUGCAAAAAAAAAAAAAAAAAAACAGGAUUUUGAGUGUGUUUAAAGAACAGAAGAUUUUCAUUGACCCCCAGGCCAAAUAUCAGGAUUGAAAAGAAAAAUCUAAAUGUAUAAAAUUAAGUGUGCAAGUCAUGAAAAAUUAGGCAGGUGUCUGUUGCAUGUGUCCUCUUAUCAAAAGCCAUGCCUCUCUCGAGUGGAGCGACGUCUGCACACAUGACCAUGACCCAUGCAGCUAGGGAUGGAGGUGAUAAACUGGCUUAACAAUUACAGUCAGAUCCCUACAUAGUCAGUGGCGGGAGAACUGGUCAGUUAAACUAAUUAUCUUGUUUGUUUUUAUCGAUUCACGCCCAAAAUCCCGGUCAGUGCUUCAUCUAAAUUAACACAGCCACCCACUACUUGUUGUCCAUUUAGCUGUGAUAAAUGGUGACCACCAUGCUGCUGUAAAGCUCUUAAUUACAGUAUAAAUAAAAAUGUAUUUAUAGCACUGAUAGCAUCUUGUAGAAACGGUAAAGUUUAGCACUAAUUUGAUCUUGAAAGUGAGGAUUUUUAUCCCAAUUUUAGGCCAGAUUUGCCUCCCCCAACAAUCAGAGAGGACGCCCUCUUUAAACGAUUAUUUGUCUGAAUAACCCUCAAGUGUGUGGUGUCAACUUAAUUGUUUUACUGCUCCAAAUCACUUUGUAGUCUCCCAGACCUGCAGCUCUAAAUAUUUGAGCCAUCAGAGCCAGGAUCAGAUGAACUUAUGGCACCUUCCAUCUCAUACUUGAAAAAAGACCAAGAUUUUCAUCCAAUUCUAGUAUCUUAUGAAGAUACACUAAUGGAAUGAAAGCAUAUUUAGCAAUUAAAACUACAGAUUGCAAUGUUGAAACCAAGCAGCAACCUCCUGUCCUGAAUAAUGAAGCUAAUGUGGAAGUACAAGAAACUGCAAUACGGUUAGUGUCCACUAGAGGCUGGCUGCAAGAACACCUGAAGUCAUGAGCACAACACAUGUUUAAAAGCCAUUUUUUACACUAGAAAUAAACUGGUUUACAGCCUGGUUCACAAAACGAAAUGUGUCUCAAUAGCUCGUGUCUUCAUGAGCACAAUUUUUUUUUUUACCACAAUCGUUUGGAUUAUAUUUUGGAAAAACGUCACUGCUCACUGAUUGGCAGGUCUCAUUUAAUUGACAGAUAGCUUGAGAGCAGACGCUACCUAUCAGUCAACCAGAAGGCAAGCGUUACCGAUAGCUUGCCUGACUGGAAGUUGUGCUCAGUGGACAGGCUCUUGUCUGCUGUCAGGCUGAUCCAAAUUUUGGUUGAGAACACAAUUUCAAUAUGGAAGCCGCCACAGAUUGGCUUCAAAAGCUACCACCUAUUGUCAUCAAACAACUGACGUCACACAGGCUUCGUCCAAUUCUUUCUACAGUCAAUGGUUGAAACUUGUAGGUUGUAGAUGCUAAAGUGCUUAGUGUUGGUAACCCUUGUCAAGCCCCCUUAGAGAACCUAAAUCCAAAAAAUGAUUUAACUUUGCAACAUACUAGAAUCAAAAUCAGCUAAACACUGUUCUUAUCAUAUGUAGUGCUACGUUUCCCUAACAUACACUGAAAUGUAUGACUCUUUAUGUAUUAAGCUCACUGAUUCAGCAAGUUGCUAACAUAGAUAGCAAAUCAAGGCACUCUCUCUUAGGUAUAUUGAGCCAAAAACAUUUUGCAGUAGAAAAUGCCUCCAAUGAAUUCCAUUAAACUCCAGCGAGUCUAGCCUCCAUGCUGGUUGCUAAUAUUGAUAACUGGUCUUUGCAUCUUAACCUCCGCCAAGGAGGUUAUGUGAUCCGCAGGGUUUGUUAGUUAGUUUGUUAGUUUGUUUGUUAGCAAUACAACUCAAAAAGUUAUGGACGGAUUUUGAUGAAAUUUUCAGGAAAUGUCCGAAAUGG